CCCAAACGACCUCACCCAGAGGCCAGAGCAGGCGACAGGCGAAGGCGAAGGCGGCGAGGAAGAGACGAAAAAAAGCAAGCGUCGCCAUGGUGGUCCGGAUCCGGCUCGCGCGGUUCGGCUGCCGGAACCGGCCCUUCUACCGGGUCAUGGCCGCCGACAGCCGCUCCCCGCGCGACGGGAAGCACCUCGAGGUCCUCGGCUACUACAACCCGCUCCCCGGGAAGGAUGGUGGCAAGAGGAUGGGUCUCAAAUUCGACCGGGUCAAGUACUGGCUAUCUGUUGGGGCACAACCAUCAGACCCUGUACAGCGUAUCCUCUUCCACGCUGGGGUUCUGCCUCCACCUCCACUGUUAGCUAUGGGUCGCAAGGGUGGACAUCGUGAUAGGAACCCCAUUCAUCCCAUGACUGGGCGUCCUUUGGACCUUGAGGGUGUCACAAUUGUUGAUGAUCCCAAUGCCACUGAAGGUGAUGCUGAAGAAUCUGCAGAACCUUUGUUGGAGGCGUGAUAUGUUUUCUGUCCUGUCACAUGCAGUGGUGCUGCAGGACAAAAAACAUGUUUGUUGUGCUUAUGAUAAUAUUAUGAGAACGUAGUUUACAUUGUGGCAGCAGUUUAGUCAUGCAACUCUCCUUUGCAUUCUUUUCUGCACGGGUUAGCUGUCUCCAGUCUACUACGUAGUCUCCUAAUGUGGUUCCUUUGAAUGGAUUAUGAUGGUAUAAAUGACACCUUCUGUGA